AUGAGUUCGUGCUGCCUCGGCGGUUUCAAAUGGGACGGUCAGCCCCAAGGCCAGGAGGCCACGCUGAACGACCAGGGCUAUUAUGUGACCGGCUCCAACUCAGAUGUCGCUCUCCUGGUGAUCCAUGACCUGUAUGGGUGGACGUUCCCCAACAUCAGGUUGUUGGCUGACCAUUUUUCUGCGGAGGUUGGCGCGACCGUCUAUGUCCCGGAUUUCUUCGGCGGCGAGGUUCUCCCGGCCGACAUUAUCAACAACCCGGCUGAGUGGGCAAAGCUGAAUCUCCCCGAGUUCAUGCAGCGCAAUUCUAAGGACGUUCGGAAGCCCGAGGUCAAAGCCUUCGCCGAGUUUCUCCGUUCUCGUCACCGCCGGGUUGGCGCCAUCGGAUACUGCUACGGCGGGUGGGCUGUCUUCCAGCUCGGUGCUGCCAGGGCCGGCGGUCAACCCCUUGUGGACUGCAUCUCUGCGGCGCAUCCGACGUUCUUAGAGAAGGAGGAAAUACGGGGCGUUGGAGUCCCGGUCCAAAUCAUCGCGCCGGAGCAUGAUCCUCAGUUCACCGAGGAACUGAAGACGUACGCUGUUACGGAGAUUCCGAAACUGGGUGUUCCCUUUGAUUACCAGUUCUUCCCCGGGCUGCACCACGGAUUUUCUGUGCGUGGCAACCGUGAAAAUAAGGCCGAGACAAAGGGCAUGGAGAGGUCGAUGAGGGCUGCUGUGUGUUGGUUCAAGGAAUGGUUAGCUGCUGUGUAG